AUGACAAUACCUGUAAUUCUCAAACUCGAAAAGAGGGAAGUAGAACUUCAGGUCGACAACUCCUUUUUCCAAAGUAUUUCUCAAAUCCAACAAAAAGCAAGAGCAGUAUUCGAAAUUGCAAACGAAAGUCUAGUCGAAAUUAAAUUCCACGACGAUUUAGAACGAAAACUUCUUACCAACAAUGAUCUCCCUUCACUGGUAACCAGAUUCUCCAAUAGCACCACCAAAAACUAUUUGUACAUUACAACAACGAUUGCAAAAUCUUCCACUUUCGAUUCUUCAUCCUAUCCGAAAGAAGUGCCGAAACUGAUUUCUCCUACACAAUCAAUGAAUUCAUUUUCAAGAAUUGGAUCAUUCACUACAAGUGCCUCCUUUCAAAUGGAUUUACAACCUAAAAAGUUUGAAUUCAAACUUGAAAUUCAAUUGAAAUCAAAUGAAAAUUUGUUGAAAUUUUCAUCAAGUUUGAAAUCAGGUGAAGGUUAUGAAGAUUUGAUGAAAUUGGUUAGAAAGUAUGCAGAAUUACCAAAUGCUGAGUUUGAAAUUAGCUAUUUCGAAUUGGAGGAUAAACUUACCCUCAACAAGGUAUCAUUCGAAUCAAUGAUGGAAUUUUACGAAACUCUGGACAAGUCCAAUAGAAUUAUUCAUGCCAUUGAGAAAUCAUCUUCUAGAAGCAGUAUUUCUUCCAUCUCUAUCAGUCAAAACUCAACAUCCAGCACUUCAUUGCCAAGUAGCACUUCAUCCACUCAAGGCACAGAACUAAACAUUAUUUUAGAGGAAACUCUCUCUUCCCAAUCAUCCACCAAAGAGGAAAAUAUCCACAAAAUAUUUCUCAAAGAAUUGGAUACCUUCUCUGAUCUCACCAAACGAAUCAAAUCAAAGAUCAAAUGCGACAAUUUUGAUUUGAAAUAUUUGGAAGAUGGAGCUUGGUAUAAGAUUUCAGAUGAUGAUAGUGUUGGCUUAAUGUUCAAGUAUUUAAAUACGGUUGAAUCUGGUAAGAGAAGGAUGAGAGCCAUUGUCACAGGAGCCAGAAGUUCUAUUAAUGUUGGAGCUCAGUUUAGGCCAAGUUUUUCCAAAAAUGGUGUUUCUGAUGGUUUAGUCCAUCCAGAAGCAAAGAAAGCUCAGUUGAAAGUUAGUGAAGAAGAGUUUUGUAGUAUUGUUGAGAGGAGUUUACAGCAAAAGUUUCAAAAUGUAGCUUGUUUGGGAGAAGGAGGAUUUUCGUUCGUAUUCAAAGUUUCUGAUAAUGGAAAAACUAAAGUUGUAAAGGUUAUUCUCAAUUCUAGCAAAUCAAGUGAUGAAUCAACACUCAAUCAAGCAUUACAAGAAGCCAUGAGGGCUAAUUCCCUUUCUCAUCCCAAUAUAGUCAAAAUUGAAUAUGCCCGUAUCAACAAUGAUCCAACAUAUCUAUAUAUGGUUAUGGAAUACUUUCCCCUGGGUGAUUUACUCAAACUCAUGAACCAAGGAACACAGCUCCCCGAAACUGAAGUCUGGAGAUUCAUCAAACAAGGUGCACUCGCCUUAGAAUACCUUAAACAAAAUAAGGUAGUCCAUCGAGACAUUAAGCCAGAGAAUUUCCUCCAAAAAGAUGGAACAGAAGGAAAAAUUUAUGUGUUGAGCGAUUUUGGCUUGGCUAAAGAAUUAGAAAAUAUGAGAACACACACAAAAACCAACUGUUCAGGAACUUUGGGAUAUAUUGCUCCAGAAUUAUUGACACAAGGAUCAAAGGACUAUUCGUAUGCGAGUGAUAUGUUUGCAUUUGGUACUACUCUAUUUAGAAUAUUGUCGUUAAAUAUGAGUACUGAUAUUGGAACUAUUGCAGAAACGAAUAGAGAAGAAACGAAACUAUUCGAAAGAAUUCAGGAAAAGAUUAGGAAUCGAACUGGAGUGUAUUCGAAACGAUUGAUUGAAUUGAUCACAAAGAUGGUUUUGUAUGAACCAAAAGAUAGAAUUACUCCAGAAGAAGUUUUAAAGAUUUGUGACAAUACUACAAAAUGUUCAAAAUGCAACAAGUGCAAAGAUUCGACUUGUUAUUCGAAAGGUUUCAGUAAUUGCUCCUGUAACAAUUCAGUCUGUAGGGAUUGUUUAGAAUUUUACAUGGAAGAUUCCAUCUCCAAGAUGAAUUCAAGCACUGUAAUCAGGUGUAUGACUUGUUCCCAAUCUUUGAGUGAAUCAGAUAUUCGAAAGAUGGUUCAACCAACUACAUUCGAAACUUAUUUGAGAAUUAAGAAUCCUCCACAAUCCACUACCCAAAAACCUCAACAAAACAACCCACCACAAGAACCAAGAUUGACCCAAUCACCACCUUUACUUUCCAAUUCGAAUACUUCUUCAAGAAUCAAACAUGAAAAUAUCAUUUGUGAUGGAUGUAAACAAAGUGAUUUUACAGGAAUUCGUUGGAAGUGCCUCGAUUGUCCAAAUUAUGAUCUCUGCAAUUCUUGUUACCAAAAAAAGAACACUUCAUCUCACAAAAAUCACAAAUUUGCCAAAUUGGAAAUUUUGGAUGAGAAAUUUGAGGCUGAUCUUGCAGCUGCUGGAAUCAACAUGAUAGUCAAUGAUUUCCAAGAAGCCGUUCAACAUUUAGACAAGGCCCUUCGUAAAUAUCCACUCUGUGAAAAGGCACUGAUUAUGAAAGCUAGAUGUGAGGAAAAGAUUGGAAAUGCUAAAACUUCCAAAGAAGUGUGUGAAAAGAUUUUGCGAGAGUGUAAUGCCUUCUGUCAUGAAGCUUGUGAAUUGUUGGGAAUAAUCUAUCUCAAACAUAAGAAUCCAACAGCUGCCAUUCCAUAUUUGGAAAGAGCCAAUAAUAUUGACUCUAAUUCUGAACUAUGUCAAUAUUACUUAGCAAUGGCCUAUAAACUUACUGAUAGGUAUGUGAAGGCUCUCCAUCAUGCUCGAAUUGCCUUCAACUUGAAAAGUGAUCAAUCCAAUUCUGCACUAUUAGUUGAACUCUUAAUCCAAAAUGAGGAAUGGACUGAGGGAAAGCUUGUUACCUCCCUUCUCCUCAUGAAAGAUCCCACAAAUGCCGAAUUAUUGUAUACUUUAGGUUUGUGUGAAGAGAAAUUGGGAGAAUAUGUCGAAAGUUACCAGAGUUUCAAAGCAGCUCUUUCAAGAAAACCAUUCGAACUCAAGUAUAAACUCGCAGCUGCUAGAUUAAGCAAAUUGGUUACAGUUGGUCUAUUGGGAGCCCUAUUACAAUAA